GCCCUGUGAAGGGGCGGUUUGGUCAAUGCACUGCCGUUCUUGGCAGUUGCUUUAUCUGUAAACGUAAGCGGUGCAUGUCGCAAUAAAUUGUAAACAUAGCUAGCUAAAGGUUGAACUGUCCUUUUACGAUAGCGGACAAAGUUUGAUUUCUGUCUGUCUGCUGAGGCAAAGUGAAGACGUCAAGGACAUAGCGCCAGAUUGAUGGAGAAGAAUGGCCCGAAUCUCGUUGGACUGCAUCAACUCUUUACCAGGGAUCCCCCUCAGUGUGCUGUCAGUGCCUAUGGAGAAUAAGUACAAAUGUCAGCAGUGUCUCCAGGUCCUGAGGAAGCCUGUCCAGGCUCAGUGCGGCCACCGCUUCUGUGUACACUGUUUCAAGCAGCUCACCAGUUCUGGUCCAAAGCCUUGUGAAGCCUGCCGCCAUGAGGAGAUAUAUGAGGAACCUAUUUCCAUCCUAAAUAGUAAUGAGGCAUUUCCCGACAAUGCAGCCGGCCGAGAAAUAGCAAGUCUGCCUGCCAGGUGUUUGAACCAGGGCUGUGAUUGGACAGGCUCAAUAAAAGAGUAUGAGGCUCAACAUGAAGGUCGCUGUGAAUUUGAGCGGAUACAGUGUGAGGCCUGCCAAACCUCAAUCCUUCGUACAGACAAGGACAGACAUAAUGAGAGAGAAUGUGAAGCAAGAACGCUCAACUGCAAAUACUGCAAAAUUACCUUCAACUUUAAAGACAUCAAGGCCCACGAUGAGAUCUGUCUGAAGUUUCCCUUACAAUGCAAGGACUGUGGCAAGAAAAAAAUCCCAAGAGAAAAGUUCAAUGACCACAGCAAAUCCUGCGCCAAGUCAAAGAGUGCCUGUCCGUUCAGUGAUGUGGGCUGUAAAUCUGUGAUAGAUAAUGGGAAGCUGGCUGACCAUGAGCACAGCAGCACCAUGGAGCACUUGCGUCUGCUGCUGCCCAUGGUGCUGUCCACGGCCCGGACGCGUGCCGAUGCUGCUGCUCACGGAGAGUGGCAGGAGGACUCUGGCCUGGGCCUGUACAGGGCUCCUGAGGAGGGGGUCACUAUGGGCUCUGGAGCUGCAGCCUCCAUGCAGUCUGUGGACGUGGACAAAAAGGUGAACGCUUUAGAAAACAUUGUGUGUGUCCUAAACCGAGAAGUGGAGCGCAGUUCAGUUACGUUGGAGGCUUUCUCACACCAGCACCGUUUAGACCAGGAAAAAAUUGAAAACCUCUCCAACAAAGUGCGUCAGCUGGAGCGGACCGUCACCAUGAGAGACUUGCAGCUGUCUGAAACCGAACAGUUGCUGCGAGAACUCCAGUUCUGCACCUACGACGGGAUAUUUGUGUGGAAAAUCUCUGACUUCUCACGCCGCAGACAGGAUGCUGUGGGCGGUCGAACACCUGCAAUGUUCUCACCAGCAUUUUACUCCAGCAAAUACGGCUACAAAAUGUGUCUGAGGCUUUAUCUGAACGGCGAUGGGACGGGCAGAGGAACGCACCUUUCGCUGUUUUUUGUCGUCAUGAGGGGAAAGUGUGACGCUCUGCUCAAAUGGCCAUUCAGUCAGAAGGUGACUCUAAUGCUCUUGGAUCAGAACAACAGGGAGCACAUCAUCGAUGCUUUUCGCCCCGAUGUCACCUCCACCUCCUUUCAGCGGCCGAUCAGCGAGAUGAACAUUGCCAGUGGCUGCCCGCUCUUCUGUCCGCUGGCGAAGCUGGCUGGCAAGAGCCCCUAUCUGAGAGAUGAUACCAUUUUCAUCAAAGCCAUUGUAGACCUCACAGGCUUGUAACUGGGGAAGCUGUGGAAGCUACACCAAAGCAUUUAUAAAAACAAAC